AUGGCCACCUUGGGUUUGUCUUCCCAAGCCAAUUCAGCUCAAUCAGGGAUGUUCUCUCCUUCCAGCCUCAGCCCAGACAAACUAGUCUCUAGCCUUCAGCUAAACUGUCUGGAUUCCAUGGUCCCAAUUCGCCACAAUACAUCGUUUUACGUAGCUCAGGACCUCUCGUCAUCGUACGGUCUUUGCCUGACUCGGGUGAUCUGUGAAUCCUCAGAUAUACGUCACCCCGUUAUUGAGUUGCAUCAGCCGAAAGAGGUAGCUAGUGCGGUAGCGUCCAUGCUCAUCAAGUCUCUUCAUGAACGAGAGUGGGCUUCCGGGUUAAACGCUACGACGACCAGCCAACCUAGGAUCAGCUUCUCUGCAGCGUGUAGUGAUUGCGAGCUACACUGGCCCCCCUCACUCGACAUCAUCCCUACGCACCGGGCCGUCUGGACAGCAAUGGUGCGAUACAUCUCUGCGACCAAAAGACUCAGGAAGACUUAA